AUGGAUGUUUCCGAAGAUCUAGCAAGGGAUUACCCUCCAAGAUUUUACCCUGAAGGGGCUUCUAUUUUUGAAAACAAAAGCAUUAAUACGAAUAGCCAUUUUUCUGAGAUCCCUCGACUUAGACAAGCAAUUGGAAUAGAUGUGUGGGAUAAUCUGAAGACGUAUCCUGUUGGAUUGAUUGCUAAACUGGCUGAGAGAAAAUUGGUGUGGUCUGGUAAGACCGUACAUUAUCUACUUUGUAGACAGCUGCGAGUCUAUAAGAAGGAGAUUUGGUCUCUCGUUGUUGAUCAACCUCUCAAGUUUAGCUUAAUAGAAUUUGGUGAGAUCACGGGUUUAAAUACAAAUCCACUGCCAGAAGAAAGUUUUGAACCUGAUCCAGAGAAUUACAAAGCGUUGUGGGAGUUGUUGAAAGUGCCGCUUGGGUACGGACCCAAGUUUGAUGAACUUAUAGAAGCUUUAACGGACAAGUUUGAUGAACUUAUAAAAGCUUUAACGGAGUGUCCAUUCUGGAGUGCUGAUCAGCGGAAAUGGUAUGGGCUGUUGUUUCUUCAAGCCAUUGGACUUUAUGGCUUGCAUCAUAAUUGUAGAAUACCCUUUGAAAGUGCAAAAAGAGUAUUCGAUGAUGACGCCCUAAUGACUUAUCCUUGGGGUCGGACUGCCUAUGAAUUUCUUGUUGAUUCUAUCAAGUUGUUGCAUCCACAAGGAGGGUCGUACACCCUUAGCGGCUUCAAGGACGUGUUGUUGGUUUGGGUGUAUGAAUCUGUCACAGUGUUCGGAGAGCUUUAUGGCAGAAAAGUGAAUCCAGACGAAAUUCCGCUUUUGCGAUGGGGUGGAAGUCGUACUCGUGCAAGUCUUGCUACUACAAUAGCUAAAGAGAUGAAUGAUCAUGGAACGGUGCGUGUGAGGAAAAUGGUGAUGAAGGAGGGUCUAGAAGAGCUGUUACCUCAGUGGAAGGAUGAAGCAGAUGACCCACAACUUGAUAACCUAAUUAAAGAUAUACAUGCAGAUAGGUUUGUUAGAGAUUUUUAUGUGCAAUCAAAUGAGAAGAACAAAAAAACGAAGGCUGGAGUUUUGUCAGAGGCUGAGCCACCCUCAAAGAAGCAGAAGAAAGGUAAGAAACAGAAGGAGGUGAAAAUCAAUGAGGGUGAAACUGCUGUUGUAGAGGAGAAGGAGAAUGCAAAGGAGAAGGGUCGUAGCGAAGCUGUUCUGCUGAACAUAGUUGCUCAUCUCGAGAAGUUGGACCGAAAAUUUGACUCGAGAUUAACAGAAUACGACACCAAUAGUCAACCUGAAGGUCAACACGUGAUGGUCUCAGAAGACAACCAACAGCCGGAGUCCAAUAGUGGUCAACCUGAUGGUCAAAACGUGAUGGUCUCUGAAGACAACCGACAGCCGGACUCCAAUAGUGGUCAACCUGCAUCUAAGACCCCUAUUGAUAAACAGUCCGAAGACAGCCAACCGCAAAAGACCCCUGAUAAAGGCCAAUCUGAGAAGAAUCUGGCAGAUGAUAUUGCUAAAGCUGAUGCGAAAGGUAUGGAAGCAAAGCUGAAUUCGAAGGUUGUCAGGGAUAAAGCUGCUGGGGUGAAAAAGAACUUGGAUUCGGCAUUUGGUAAUGCCGAUGCAACAAAUGCUGAUUUGGUCUCUGAUUCUCCUGGUAAGGAACCACCAUUCGGACGCGGUUGCAGAGGCUUAGGGAAAAGAAAUAACUUAGCGGCUGAUUUGGAGAGGAAUGAAGCUGAGUUAAAGAAGAAGCAGAAGAAAAUUCCACAUGGAGAAGCUCACGAGGAUAUUGAGUUCUACAGAAUCCUCAUCACUCCAAGACCUUGGCCCAUCAAAGAAUAUGGAUGGCUGGUUCAAAAUCAUAUUGCUUCGUAUAUUAGAGUCCUCAUUCAAAGGUCCAAACAAGAUCCCAGUCCAUUCUGGUCCAAGCGCGUUGCCUUUAUAGACUCUUGGUUCCUUGAAUCAUGGGUUCACGAUUAUAAGGAGUUCAAAGUCAAACCGGAAAUGGUCAAAUUCAAAGAAAGUGGUUACAAAGGGUUAGCAAACGGUUUGAUCCCCACAGACAUUCAGACAAAGUUGCGGUGGUUUACAGAUGUAGAUCACUUGUACGGAGUGAUUAAUACUGGCGGCAAUCAUUGGGUGGCUUUUCACGCGGAUCUGCAUAAAGAGAAGGUUGAUUGCUAUGAUUCAAUCGUUGGAGAGCAAACACUCGAAAGUGAUCUGAGAAUGCUAAAUUUCUUUGGGCCGUUUACUCGUAUGAUCCCUGCGAUUCUGAAUGCCCUUAUUCCUGAUGAUAUCCGAGUCCUUACCAAGAAAGAGUUUGUAUUCAGACGAAGAACAAAACGUAUUGUUCCACAAAACAACCUGAGAGGCGACUGUGGAGUGUAUUCAUUGAAGUUCGUCGAGUGUCUAGCGCUUGGUGUAGCUUUUGAUGGGAUAUCGGAUGAAAAUAUUCAAGGUCUGAGAAUGAAGAUGACAGCAGAUAUCUUCAAUGAAGGAAGUUGUAGUUUGGUAGGGUCGUUUGGCGAUGAAUGA